CGCAGUGAGAUGUAAAAGCAGAAGACACGGCGCAGUUGCUCAGUUUUUGAAGACUUCUCUGUGCCGUGCAGGUCGUGUUCGCACGCUGCUCUUGCUUGCAGGCUAGGUAGGCAUCGUGAAGAUUCAUCCUUUGCGGGGACGCGUUGCUAGACGGAGGAGAGCUGUGUCGAUAGAGUUGUGUUGAGCUGAAGUGCACCUCAAUGGGACAUCGUGUCGGUGCGAAAAUAGGAUUUUUAUUCGAUGAUGACGGUAAAGGAAGCAGACGCGGACACAAAUUAUUUGGACGAUCUAAACAGAACGUAGUCUUCGACUGCACUCUUUGACAACCGUCCCUGGAUGCAUCGAUCGAGCAGUAAAAUCGUGCCCAUUGUCAUUGAUUCAUUCUCGUCCUCAUUGAUACUAAGAGUGUGCUGGCAUUGACCGGACACCUCAUAGAACGUCAAGCCGUCGACCACCAUGCGGGCGCUGCGUCUCCUGUGCCUGGCAGCGGUGACGUGCGCAAUUGCGCGAGUCAGCGUUGCGGAUGAGACAACACCGACGAGCGAUGAUAGCAGCUCUCGCAAGAGUGGCUCGGGAGACUCUGAGCAUGAACUGAGCAACUCAAUAGCGCCGCCAACCAGCGUCACCAGUCCAGGCACUAGCCCCACCACAGCACCACCAUCUGCGAGAUCAGACAGUAAUGGUGAGAGCGAGAACAAUGAGAGAGAGGCGAAGAAGAACCCAUCACAAGACUGGCAGAAGGAUCCUCGCCCAAACAUCGUGUUCAUCAUGGCCGAUGAUAUGGGAUUCAACGACGUUCCGUGGAACGAGAAGUUCAUGCCGGAGGGCGUACGCAAUCACAUCCUAGCCCCGCGUAUGGAUGAACUGGCCAAGAAAGGCAUAAUCUUUGACCAGGGUUACUCGCUGCCUAAGUGCACGCCGAGUAGGGCUGCUGCCAUGACCGGUCGCUACCCGCUCAGGUUUGGUCUGCACAGGGCCAACGUCAACUGGGCCUCGCCCUACGGCCUACCGCUCACCGAGACCCUAAUGCCGGCCGUCAUGAAAAGACUGGGCUAUCGCACUCACUACGUCGGCAAGUGGCAUCUCGGUGAGUGUAAUGUCAGCUACGUGCCGACGUCUCGCGGCUACGACUCCUUCUUCGGUUCGUACGUGGGAGCUUUGAACUACUUCAGUCACAGCAAGCGUGAUUCCAACGGCAGAAGCUUUGGUGUUCUGCACAACGGCACUCGGCCUACGACGCAGUACUACAAUAUGCACGCCACGGACAUGUUUGCAAAGGUGGCAUCGGACGUGAUCCGCGAACAUGCCAGCGGCGAAGACACACGUACCAAACCUCUCUUCCUCAACGUGUUCUUCAACGCGCCGCACUCGCCCAUCACACCCGGCAAGUACGGGGUGCCGUUCUACAAGCUGCCAAAGUCCACCGUCAGCUCGCGACGUAAGGGUUACAUGGGCUUGGUUCUCAGCCUGGACUAUGGAGUACACACAAUAGUCAACAGUCUGAAAGAGGCAGGCAUCUGGGACAACACACUGCUGGUGUUCACAUCGGACAACGGAGGCUUCCCCGGGACGGGGCUAAAUUACCCGCUGCGCGGGGGAAAGGGAAAGUACUACGAGGGCGGCGUGCGAAUGCCCAUGUUCGCCUACCACAGCGGCUGGCAUAACGUGUCGGGUUACCGUAGCGACACCCUGGUGCACGCCGUCGACUGGCUGCCGACAUUCGCCACACUCGGCGGUGCUGAGAAACGUGACUUACCGCGUCGCCUGGACGGUAUUGACUUCAGUCACGUGCUUAAGUCGCCCAUCGACCUGAAGACCAGCCCGCGUCAGACCAUGCUCUACGGAGCAUUGCUGAAAACGCGCAAUCGCAGAGACGGCCGCGGCACGAUCUCGUCGGCCGUGGGCGCGUACCGUGCACGCUACUGGAAGAUUGUGCUCGAGGAUAGCCGUAAUCCAAUCAGGGAUGAGUGGUACAUCGGCACGGACCCGUCACCUCCCCCCACACGCGGCAACACGAGUAACAGUCACUUGCUGACGUGGUUCUCCCGGACGCGCAGCAACUGGGGUCUGUUCAACUUGAAGACGGAUCCGUUCGAGGAAAACAACAUCAUCCGCCAGCACCCUGGAGUUUUCUAUGAGCUACGCCGGCGAUUGCUCCGGUAUGUUGACGAAGGUGUCACGCCCCUUAGUGAAGUGUACCCCAUGCAGCCUGAAGCGGCCAAUCGGCACAAGGCGCUGCACAACUUUUACACACACGGCUGGUGCUGAGAAAGCCUAAUGCACUGCUGUUGGUGUUUGUGUGUUGGCAUGUGUGUGUGUGUAUGCGUGUGUGCAUGUGUGUGUGUACACGUGUGAGCAUGCGUGUAUGUGUGGGUGUGUUUGUGUGUGUGGGUAUGUUUGUGUGUAUGUGUGUGUGUGUGUGCACGUGUGAGCAUGCGUGUAUGUGUUGGUGUGUUUGUGUGUGUAUGUGCGUGUGGGUGUGUUUGUUAAUUUGCGCAUGUCCAUGUGCGUGUCUGGACGUGCAUAUAGAUGCGUGCAUGUGCACUGCUGAUUGUACCUCUAAUGUAGAUGUGCAUAUACAAUGUACAUAUACAGAAGAGUAUGUUUGUUGACUGGCUUUCCUUGUGAACACACAGCAUACAAUCGCGUGCAUGACUGUAUUGAAGAGGCUUGCUCUUUGACUUGCCUUCACAGAACACCUGUUUAUCUCCUUCGUCGAGGUAUUAUUUGAGUGAAUCUCCUUUCCAGACGAGCCCUCAUACUCAUAGAGAAUACUUGCCUGCACUCCUCCAUAACACUGCCAGUCCUGCUACAGGAGUAGAAUAUUUAGACUACGAAUGAUUUCGUCAAACAAAAGUCGGUUCUUGCCGCCAAAAAUCUCUUCAGUGGACAAUGAAAUCAUAAUUUUUUU